GGGUUCCACGGGAGGAGUGCAGCGGAAGGUGCAGGACAUCUAUGCACACGCCCACUAUGUUCACUGUUAUGCCCAUCAAUUAAAUUUGGUUAUGCAACAAGCAACCUCUCAUAUCCCUAAAUCAGUCAUUUCUUUUCCGACUUGGGGGGAUUUGCUUCUUUUUUUUACAAAAUCGAGCAAGAGGACUGUUGUGCUUGAUGAAGUGGUGGCCCACCGAUUUCCAAGUGCAUCAUCAACACGUUGGAACUUCAACAGUCGUGCUGUUAACACAGUGUAUGAGAACAAGGAUGAGCUGGUGAAGUGUUUUCAGACUAUCCGGAACGUAGAAGCAUUUGAUGGCCCAACGAAAAGAGAAGCCGGCGGCUUUUUGAGAAUGCUAGAGGACGACACGUUCUGUUUUUUCCUUUCGUUGUUCCACAAGAUCAUGCCUCACGUAGACGUGUUGUACAACCAGCUGCAGAAAAAGAACAUCGAUUCUGUAUACAUCGCAGGAGUCACCCAGGCGUUCAUCAAUCGCAUGCAGGCUAUCAGGGAUGCUGUUCCCAAUCUGGCUGAUGAUGAGGAGUACAGGGGACCUGUUCAGGAGCCACCCUCAAAGAAAAGGAGAACAUUGGGAGAAGACACACAACACCGUUUGGCACUGGAGGUAUGUGAGACCAUAAUGAGACACGCCAAGGAGAGGUUUUCUUUCACCAAGCACCUCGUCAGUGCCACUCUGUUGAAAGGAGACUUGUUCCAACAACACAGCAGGAAGUUCCCAGAUUCAGCGCUGGAAACCACAGUGGAAGCCUACCCUUCACUGGAGAAGGCCAGACUUAAAACUGAAUUGUCUCUGAUCUAUGAUAACAAGGAGUUCCAGAGUUGCAGUGGUGCACUGUUUUGAUGGAAAACAACCUUCAAGACACCGUCCGUC